UCCAAAGGUGCAAACAACAAGAGAGUUAAGGGACACUAACACUGUUGGCGUGCUACACACCACGCGUAUUUUAGGAUAAAACAAUCCCACUUCCCUUCCAUUUCUCCUGACCAUUUUUCACCCGCUGCACACUCCACUGUAGUCAAGUCUCUUCUCUCUAGCACACACACAGAAUCUACUGUCAGAUCCAGACAACCCCUUUUAAUCUUUCCUGUUAAGGUAGCAUAAAGUUUUGAUCUGCAGUAUGCUGUAGAUAAUUGUUAAAGUUUAGGUGCUUUGGGACUGGAACUGGGUUUUGUGCUGGGAACCUUUUCAGAGGAGGAAGAGUAGACAAGUGGAGAGGAUGUCAAGCAGCAGAAAUACCCACUGGUGUUACAGUUGCAGGCGGCCAGUUCGACUGCGUGGGCGAGAUUCGGCUUGCCCCUACUGCAGUGGAGGAUUUGUCCAAGAACUUGAUGAUAUGCACCGCAUCAGUCCAUUGGAUUUCUUUGGAAUGGACAGUGAUGAUGAUCGUGACCAGAGAUUUGGGCUCAUGGAAGCUUUCUCAGAUUUUAUGAGGCAGCGAAUGGCAGAUAGAAGCCAUAAUCAUGAUAUUAGAUCAAGAUCAGAUUCAGUUCCUGGACAUAAUCCAGGUUUCGGUCCUUUGUUGAUCUUUGGUGGCCAAGUUCCUUUUAGGUUGUCUGGAAAUGGUGGGUUUGAAGCUCUCUUUUCUGGGGCUCCCGGUGUUGCCUUUGCAAGGGGUAAUGCAGGUGACUACUUUAUAGGCCCUGGACUGGAAGAAUUGUUCGAACAACUUUCAGCUAAUGAUCAGCGGGGCCCUCCCCCAGCUACCAGGUCAUCAAUUGAUGCGAUGCCUACUAUUAAGAUCACACAAAAGCAUCUUCGUUCUGAUUCGCACUGUCCAGUCUGCAAAGAUAAAUUUGAGCUGGGAUCUGAAGCAAGGCAAAUGCCGUGUGAUCAUUUAUAUCACUCAGAUUGUAUAGUCCCAUGGCUAGUCCAGCAUAAUUCGUGCCCUGUUUGUCGCCAGGAGCUACCCCCACAAGGAUCAAGUAGCAGACACAGUUAUCAAAGCUCAAGCUCUCGAAGCAGAAGCAGCAAUUAUAGUGGAAGGGAGAAUAGCAGAGGAGGAAGACGCAAUCCAUUGUCUUAUCUGUGGCCCUUCCGCUCAUCUAAUUCAAGCUCAAACCAUGAUGAGACUCCUGAAAGCAGCUCUCCUGCCAUGCAUGAAAACAACCCCCAUAUGGGGUAUUCAGGAUGGCCUUUUAACUAGGGUGUUAAUAUGUUGUAAACACAGUAUGUUGUCAUUGUCUAAAUGAAUCAUGGUGCCUCCAUUUAUAGUUGACCUACUAUCUUGGAGUGAGUGGUUUGAGAAUUGAGUCCUUGAAGUUACAAGCGUGGAGUCUUUUGUUUGAAAAGUAAUGGAGGACCAUUCAUGUUUUCGCUGAAACUUUUACUGUAAAUGACUUUUUAGUAUUCUCCUCUUAAUCACAUGUGCUUAUAACACACUAUGUUUAUAA